AUGCGUUUCACUAGUGCCAUAUACUCCACGCUCGUAUCAUGCCUCUUCUCCCUACCAGCGGCUGGUCAGGCGCUUACCGACACCAUCACAUGGGGUGGCGGUAACUCAAGAACAGGCUAUGAGACCAAUCACAACAUGGAUCCCGCGAUCGUCGGCAGCCCCAAUUUUGGAAAGAUAUGGAGCGCCAACAUUCCCGGCAACUUCAAUGGACUUGGCAAAGAGCAAAUAUUCGCAUCGCCUCUGGUAUACACAAUCGGAGACACGCAAUAUGUCUUCAUCGCAACUACGCAAAACAAUAUAUACAAAUUGAACGCGAAGACGGGUGCAAUUGUGGCACAGCGGAAUCUUCACGUACCAUUUCUGACAGCAGAGCUCGAAGGGUGUGUGGAUAUCAACCCGACAAUUGGCAUCACGGCGACCGGUGUCAUCGAUCCGUCUACGGGUUUGUGGUAUUUGACUGCCAAAACCUACGCUCCUCAAUUUCAAGAUGGCAAUUUCAGCCCAAGCAAGCCACCAGGACGUCUCAAUGGCCGCUACUACUUUCACGCUAUCAAUACCGCCGACCUCUCGGAGGCUGCAGGCUUCCCGACGCUCGUCGAUGGUACCGUCUUCCGUAACAACCCUAGGAGGAUGUUCAUUGGGGGCAAUCAGCAUCAGCGACCUGCUCUCCUUCAAGUCGGCGACUACAUUUACACCGGAUGGGCAUCGCAUUGUAUCCAAUACAACUAUACCGGAGCUAUCAUUGGCUUCCACAGAACCACAGGUGCCAUUGUGGAAGCAUUUGCUACUGAGGGUGGCCCUGCUGCCAACACUGUGCCCGGCGGUGGUGUCUGGAUGUCCGGUGGUGGACUCGCCUAUGACGGUGCUGGAAGCAUGUUCUUCUCGACAGGAAACGGAUACGCAUCGGAGCUGCCUGCCAAUGGUCGCCCUGUGCAAGGUCGAAAUCCACCCACUUCGCUAGAAGAGGCGGUUGUUAACAUGAAGAUCAACAGUGAUGGUACAAUUCAGCCAGUUGAUUUCUUUAUGCCAUGGGAGAAGACGCAACUCGAUGGAGCGGACAAGGAUCUCGGGACUACGCCAUUCCAGCUGUUACCUUCAGACACAUUCACAUGCCCGAAUAGUCGACGCAUCGGAAUGGUCACGGGAAAGUCUGGUAAGACAUACUGGCUGAACACGGACAACCUUGGCGGCUACCAGAUGGGCGAAAAUCGAUUGGAUGCUGCCAUUCAGGUGACUGAGAACGAGAAUUCGGUGUAUGCUGGAGCUGGCGUCAACCCCCUGGGUGGAGGCUACGUCUAUGUGCCUGUCACGACGUUCCAAACCCAUGUGUUCAAAUUCAGUUGCAACGCGGCAGGCAAUGCCGUCUUCACAAAGGUCGCGGAUACGCCUGAGAAGAAUGCGGGUAUUCUUGGAACUGGGCAUGGUACCAUCACUUCUCUGAACGGACAAGACGGGAGUGCGCUACUUUGGACGACUGAUCGCGAGGGACAGAACCUGAGAAUCUACGACGCCAUGCCAAAAGAUGGUAAAUUGACCCUGAUAAAAUCCUUCAACUUUCCAAAUGUGGCCAAAUUCGCAAAGAUCUCAUUUGGAAACGGGAUUGCAUAUGUUCCAACUCUGGAGGGUGUUCUUCACGCGUUUGGAUCUCCCGUGAGCUUGCCGCUCAACUGCUCCUCGCCAUACACCUUUCCCAACACUCCGACUGGCAACACGUCUGAUCCCCUCACCGUCAAGUGUACGGCCAAUGUUCAGACGACCUUGACUGCGCUCAAUGUUGUUGGCAACCCGAAUUUCCGAAUCGACAGUCUCCCUGCCAUGCCCUUGUUGCUCAACGCCAACGACGUCUUCACGUUCAAGGCGUACUUUGCACCAAAGACCGUCGGACUGCUCUCGAGCGACGUGGUUGCUGAUACGAGCAAUGCGGUCACUGGCUUUUCUGCCAACACACCUAUCACGCUCAAAGGUACGGCAAACUCUGCUGCUCCAGUAUUGUCCAUCUCGCCUGGUCAAGUCAGUUUCCAGACCACGAUCGGCUCAGGACCAAGUUCAAGCUCAGCAUUCUUGCUCAACAGUGGCGACAUGAUGCUGAAAGUGAAGAAUGUGAGCUACUCUCUCGUGUCCGAAAAAGGCCCGUUCGUGACUCCCAAUACUACCAGCGAUGGCAGCGCUCAAGUCGGUCCUUUCACUUUUAGUGGUGUCCCAUUCACCAUUGCGGCCAAUGGACAGGCCACUAUUGGCAUCACAUAUAACGCGACUAACGCUGGAAAUCAAGCAGUCUACGCAACUGUGUUCUCUGAUGGAGGUAACAAGAUUCUCAACGUCUUCGGUACGGCUGGCAGUGCUCCUGGGCAGCUUGUCGAGUUUCAGUCGCCAGAUGGAUCAUCGUGGAUACCAUACACAGGCCAGAACUUCUCCUUUGGCGAUGUACAGGAAGGGACGACACGGAAUUUGAUUCUGCGAAUCACAAAUAACGGAUCAAGCACUGCUUCGCCCCUGAAAUUGACCGUCUCGAAGGCCCCAUACGGCGUCCCUGGUAUAGUGGGAGCAGCUAACAAUAUUGACUUGGCUGAAGGUACUAUCAUUGGAGCAGGCCAGAGUCAGAACGCUACCCUCUAUUGCGCCGCCCUGGAGCGACAAGUCAAUACUCCAACUGAGCAGGGUCAUGCUCAGUGGACGAUUAACACCAACACGGACAGCGGAAAGUUCUUUCUGCAAUUCAAUUGCAAUUCUAUCGCUCCACAGGUUGGACCUCUCCUAGCGAAUGGCACAAGUCAGUACGCUUAUGCAGGUUGCUUCCGCGACCUGACUCCAGGCAGGCAACUCGCCACAAACAUUUACACCGACGACAACAACUCCAUCGAGCGUUGUACAGGUUCUUGCUACCAAGCCGGAUGGACUUUCGCCGGAACAAGCUACCGCAGUGAAUGCUGGUGUGGGAAUGCGAUACCCACUACUCUGGACGACGACAGCGCUUGUAACUUCCGCUGCUCAGGAGCUCAGAAUGAAACUUGUGGCGGCGACGAUAAUCAAGGCAGAGCCCAGUUGUCGGUCUUUGGAGACAGGCUGAAAUUCAACGGGAACACUACAUCUCCCAUUCUUGCCAUCACGCAACAGUCUGGCAGCUACAGCUACGCGGGCUGCUACAAGGAGACUGGAGGCAAGACAUUCAGUUCGAAGACGAUGGACUCGAAGUCUCUGACUGUUGACUCUUGUAUGAGCUUCUGUGCUGGCUACUCGCUUUUUGGCCUCCAAUACAGCUCCGAAUGUUAUUGUGGCAGUACCAUUGCCUCGUCGUCGUCACUGACCAACGACACCGAUUGCAACAUGUCUUGCAGUGGGAAUAAUAGUCAGUACUGCGGAGCGGGUAGCCGGAUGCAACUCUAUCGAUUGAAUGGCACCAUAUCCUCUUCGACAUCAUCUUCUAGUAUUCAAUCCUCGACAUCGAGCACGGGGAUUACCAGUGUUACUACGGCCUCCAAUACGAUUACCACUAUUAGCAGCAGUACCAUUGCCGUCGAAUCUACUGCUCCAACGGACGUUUCUUGUCCAGCAUCAAAUGGAACUACGGUCACUUCUGGGGGCAAGAAAUUCCUCAUCGAAUGCGGAAUCGACCACGUUGGUGGGGACUUGACAUCACUUAAUGUCAACUCAUUCGCAGCAUGUAUUGAUGCUUGCGCCCAGAAUUCACAGUGUGUCGAUGUCGCUUUAUCGGGAGCGGCGUGCUAUCUCAAGUCUACUCUGGGAGCAGCUGUGAACAAUGGUGUUUGGGGCGCGAAAUUCGUUGAACUUGUGUCCACUUCCACCUCUGGUAGUGUAUCUUCGAUUUCUGCGACGAGUUCAAGCUUGAGUGUGUCUUCCUCUGUUACGUCGACAAGCUCCGCCAGUUUGACAUCCAACUCGGAAAGCAGCACAUCAUCUCCAUCGACCUUCCCAGACCGCACAACUUCCACGUCAACAGUCAUCGGCACUUCAACAACCUCAUCGACUUCAGCAACAGCCACACCUCCAACUUGCCCCGGAAGUAACAGCACGACCUACAUUUCCAACGGCGUCACAUUCUUGAUUGAGUGUGGUAUCGACCAUCAAGGCGGCGAUAUGUCCAGCCUAGCCGUCAACAGCUUCCAACAAUGCAUCGACGUAUGUGCUAAAACCAAUGGCUGUAUCAAUGUGGCGUUGUCUGGUGCUGCUUGUUAUUUGAAGAAUAUGGUUGGUGCUGCUGUCUAUAAUGGCGUCUUUGGGGCGAGAGUGGUGUCUGAUCCAUCCAUGACAAGUUCGGUGGUCUCUUUGUCGACUACUUUGCAGUCUAGCAGUAGCAGCAGCAACAGCUCAGUUGCCGCGUCUACGGCGAAAGGGAGUGACUCUAGUUCUUCGAUGAGUAUUGGCAGUACUACUGUCUCUUCGACUAGUAACGGCAGCACUAUCUCUGCGACGACUACCAGCAGCUCUGUCCCUUCGACAAGUACCAGCAACUCCAUUUCGUCGACCCUGAGCUCCAGCACUGGAGCUACGGCCAGCUCAUCCCCUUCGACCUCCUCUGCGACCCCAACGAUCAGUACUUCGUCUUCAGCGACACGGACAACACUUUCUACAAGCACCACGACGUCUUCGUCGUCCUCCAUCACCUCUAUAGCGCCAAGUGCGCCUACUCAGGUUGGAACAUUCAAAUACGUGGGCUGCUACACCGAAGUAAAUGGCCGUGCAAUCAACCAGAAGAGUGCCAACAAUAACAACAUGACGAACGAGAAUUGCGCAAGCUUCUGCUCGGGAUACCAAUAUUUCGCCACCGAAUACGCCACCGAAUGUUACUGCGGAUCAAGCCUUUCCACCAGCUCCAAACCCGCAACAGAUGGCCGCUGCAACAUGCCAUGUGCAGGCGAUAAAACCGAAAUCUGCGGCGGUCCCAAUGGUCUGACUUUGUACGCUGUUCCCAGCAACAGCUCCGCACCACCAUCCCCUACAAUUGUAGUUCCCAGCUCAAGCAACUACAUAGCACAGGGCUGCUUCAACGAAAAGCCCAACAACGGUCGCGCUCUAUCGAAUGUAUACUACGACCCUACAAACUCCCUAACCAUUCCCGCGUGUGCAGCUCAAGCCCAGAAACGCAAUGUCACCUGGUUCGGAGUUGAAUUCGGCGGAGAAUGCUUUUACGGAAACACAUUCGACAAUGCUUCACAUCCAAUCCGUCAAUCGGCUUGCGAUAUGAGCUGUCCGGGAAAUUCUACGACGUGGUGCGGUGGUGCUGACGCUUUACAGAUGUAUCGCUUGCCACUCGCUUGCCCGGCGGAUAAUGGGACUUUGUGGAAUUCGUAUAAUGGUACUGCUCGGUUUCAAGUGCGGUGCUCCAUGGAUUUUCGCACUGGAGGGAUGGCGAGUCGUGUUGCGGCGGACACUUUUGAGCAGUGCUUGAAUGGGUGUGCGAUGGAAAUGUCGUGUCGAGGGGUCUCGUAUCGUGAGACUGACUGCUAUAUGAUGAGUGCGUUGGGGAAUGGGACGAGUGACUCUGCGAUGCUUGGUGCAACUGUUGUUCAGAGACAGGACAAUGUGAACAACGGUUCUUGAGACAUUGAUGUGAGACGUUCAUGUGAGAUGGUUCUAGACAGAUGUUUAGCUAAACUGUUACUUUUACG